GGCCGAAAUCUGAAUCGUGCUGAAAAAGGCCGAAUCCUUAACCAAAUCCUGGAUUCGGUGCAUCCCUAAUUAUUUACCAAUCUCUCUGUCUGUACUUGGCUGAGAGAAUGUGCAGAACUGACAGGCUUACUUUUCUCACAAGGAGCUUCCACAGUAACAGUUGGUGUGAGCAUGAUUCAGCAUGGAGGAGGGAGGGACUUUGCUAGUUGCUAAGUGACGUCAUAGCUAGUGAGAAGCCACUCCCAUUCAGCAGUAGCUUGAACUGUCUCUCAGUGAAAGCACCCUCAUUGCAUGUAGUAAUAUGUCAUUUUACUAAAAAAGUAAGCAUUUCUGCUAAAGAAAUAUAUUUGAAAAUUUUAGUAUUUCCACCUCAACUAUCCAUUCAGAGAAUUUAAAUUUCGCGAUAGAUCCCCUUUAAGUUUCAGAAACAUUGUUUUUUUUCCUGGCUGUUCAGUGCAGGAGAUCAAAGAGAAAGUUGGGACAUUUCAUUUAAUCUGGAACUGUGGGCUGAGCUGACCUGACUGUUGUGAUUGUCCUGUAAAAAACAGGACAGUUGGGAGGUAUGAAACACUACUCUGGUAUGACACUAGCCUUGUGUAUUUAUUGUGCGUGGCCUCGCCCAUUAUAUGUCAGCAGGUGCAUAUAAGUCAGUGCACAGCCAGAUCCAGAAACUAUUUACAACUGAGCAGAGAUCAGGAGAGACAACCCCAGAGAACCACAAUCAUUUUAUAAUAGUGAACAUUGGAACAACAGUGAAAGAAUGGCUGAAGCAGAUGCCAUUGGGUUUACUAGCGAAAAGCCAGAUAAGAUGAAUUCUCCACUCGGAAAACCAGAUAACUCAAUGGUGUAUAACAUGAAUUAUAAACAAAAAGGUCUUUGUUUGAUUCUAUGCAUGGAGACAUUUCAUAAAGAUCUAAAAGAAAAAGGAGUGGGUGCUCGAAACAGUAAAAAUGAUAAGAAGGAGCUUGAAAGUAUCUUCACAGAGAUGGGAUUUGAGGUGCGACUUGAGGAAAAUAAAACUGCUGAUGAUAUUGAAAAUCUUUUGACCGACAUUGCAAAGGAGGAUCACAGUGGUAGAGGUUGCUUUGCCUGCGUUGUGAUGAGUCACGGUGAUAAAGACUUUUUUUAUGCUUCUGACCAAGAAUAUCAAAUAGAUGCACUGGCUGAGCCAUUCCGUGGAGAGAAAUGCAAAAGUCUUUUUGGGAAACCAAAAUUAUUUUUCAUUCAGGCAUGCAGGGGAAAUAAGGUCGACUCCGGGGUGGUGAAAGAUGCUGGAGAUCUAACAACUACUGCUUGUAAAAUUCCAACAGAAUGUGAUUUCCUGUACUCUUACGCUACUCCACUUGGAUAUUUUGCUUGGAAAAUACCUGGUGAAUCCUGGUUUAUUCAGUCUCUAUGUAAAAUGCUGAAAGAAAACUGGCAGAAAAGGGAUCUCCUGCAAAUACUGACCCGUGUAAACCACAAGGUGGCCUAUGAUUAUAAUAAAAAGAAGCAAAUGCCAUGUUUUCUAUCUCUGCUCACAAAGGAACUAUACUUUUUCCACAAGACAGAUCAAGAUUAAACCAUUAGAAAUGAUUUUGUCACACAUUCCUACCCAUGCUAAUUUGAAAUAAAAUGUUUUUCUCGUGCAAAAAA